AUGGUUACAUGCUCAGCGACUGGCAACGUCAACAUGGCUAUCCUGGACUUCCAGAACGACGCCGUGGCCGGAGAGCGUGGCAAGGACUGGCAGGGUAUCCACCACAUCGGCUUCGAGGUCGAAAGCCUUGAGGAAACCGAAGCCCGCCUGUCUGCCGCCAACUCCCAGCCCAUGGAUGAGGUCAACCACGCCCUCCAUGCUGCUAUGAGCGGCCCGCGCACGCAAAACGUCGAAACCAAAUACGAGGGCCCCAACGGCGAAAUGAUCGACGUUUCGGAGACCGGUUGGGUUGGUACUCGCGGCCUCGAUUAG